UCAUCUCACGUUUUCUCACUUUUCGCCCGAUGUGUCGAGCAGCGGCUCGAUAUUUUGGCAGUUUUCUGCGAAAUGCGACUGCAUUCUUCCUCUCUUCGGCGUUUAUUAUUCGGUGCCGUGCGACCCGCCGCGAUGAGUGGCCUCUUCCUGUGAGAUCUACCGGUCUUUCUUUCUCCCUUGAAGCAUCUCCGUCCGUCUACGUCCCCUUUUCCCCUUUCGAUAUAAGCGCCUUUCGCUUCCCCGCGCACACUAAUCAAGCUUCCUGGAUGGGGCGCAUUAUCUGGCUGAUUGUAGGCAGAUCCGCGAUAUCCAGCCCACCAGCAGAUCUGACCGAUCUGUCGAUCGCGAAAAGCCCGUCGGAAGCUCUCUUGCGGAUGUCGUUUGCAAUAGUGCGGUGCAAUGAUCCUGGAUGUAAUCAGAUCAGGUGUGACCUCCUUCGGGGCCUUACCCCCUUGUGCGCGAUCUGCCGCGAUGGGUCUUGCUAGUACGCGCGAAAGCAUCGCCGUGUGUCGCGAUACGUUUACGCGAACGAUUUGCGCGCAUCUUGACGAUUUAUUCGUCAAGAAAAGUGUCCGCCAUUGCGAUUUUCGAAAGUGUAAAGAAAGAAAUAAUCUAGAAAAAUUGUGAAUCGCGUUGCUCGGACAUCCGAACGAAGAUGAUUCGCGUCAUGGAAAGACGCGGCACAAUCAUGAAAGCAGCGGGAUGAUACUCGCGCAAGGAUCUGUGUUCCAACCGUCCGUGCUCUCACAAUAUUCUGAAGCGACGUGUUUCCGCAAAGCCUGAAAGAUGUCUUUGGGACAACGCAUUUCCGGCGCUGUUGCGGUUCUUCGAGGAACCUCGACGGAAGCCAAAGAAGGCGGUCACACGUCACAUGCGGAAGAGAUCGAAAAGACGACGUCCGAGGAAAAGAUCGAGGUCGAAAAACCGCGCAAAGCGACGGUCGAAGACAGAUUGCAGAUGGUGAUAGAAUGGAUGAAAGGUAACAUGCUCCUCGCACUGACCGUCGCUGGAGUUCUGGUCGGCCUAGGUCUCGGUUUUCUGGGUCGAUUGGCCGAUCUUUCGCCACAGUCCAUAAUCCUCGUCAGCUUCCCCGGAGAGAUCCUUAUGCGAAUGCUCAAGAUGUUCAUCUUGCCACUCAUCAUUUCGUCGCUCAUCUCCGGAAUGGCGCAAUUGGACGUUCAGAGAUCGGGUAGAAUAGGCCUCAGAGCGCUAACGUAUUACUCGGUGACGACCAUACUAGCCGCUAUUGUGGGCAUUGCGAUGGUGCUGAUGAUCCAUCCGGGCAAUCCGCAGAUCAAAACCACGGUUGCGGCUGUGGUAAAGACCGAGGAGACGAAAGUCUCAACUCUGGACGCGAUUCUCGACAUAAUUCGAAACAUGGUGCCGGAAAAUCUGGUGCAAGCGUGCUUCCAGCAGGUUCAAACAUCAUACGUGAAGAAGAAGAUAGUUGUGUUCGGCACGAACAAGACCGAUUACAUGAUGCAACCGAUUUUGGUUUACAAGGACGGCACGAAUGUGAUGGGCAUGAUCGUGUUUUGCAUCAUCUUCGGCGUGCUCUCGGGCCAGAUCGGUCCGCGCGGUAAACUGAUGGUAGAUUUCUUCGUGGUGCUGAACGAGAUCAUCAUGAAGCUCGUCUCGAUAGUCGUCGUCUGGUAUUCCCCGUUCGGAAUUAUGUGUCUGAUAGCUGGAAAAAUCAUGUCGAUUACAAAUCUAGCGGCGACCGCUCAGAUGUUAGGUCUUUACAUGGUGACAGUUGUGUUGGGCCUGAUGAUCCACGCUAUCAUCACGCUGCCAACGAUCUACUGGUUUAUAACACGAAAAAAUCCAGCGGUGUUCUUCAGAGGCAUGAUGCAAGCCUGGGUUACAGCGCUGGGCACGGCUUCGAGCGCAGCGACCUUGCCCUUAACUUUCCGUUGUCUCGAGGAAAACAACAAGAUCGAUCCGCGAGUGACACGCUUCGUCGUAGCUGUAGGUGCUACCGUGAAUAUGGAUGGGACAGCCCUUUACGAAGCCGUAGCCGCGAUCUUCAUCGCGCAAUUGAAUGGGAUCUCGUUGGGAUUCGUUGAAAUAAUUACUGUCAGCCUUACAGCUACCUUGGCGAGCGUGGGGGCCGCAAGCAUCCCCAGUGCCGCAUUGGUCACCAUGCUUCUGGUGUUGACUGCCUUGGGUCUUCCCACGAACGACGUUUCUCUAUUAUUUGCUAUCGAUUGGAUGCUGGAUCGAAUCAGGACAUCGAUCAAUGUUUUGGGCGAUGGUUACGGAGCUGGGAUAGUUUAUCAUUUGAGCAAAGCGGAACUGGAUAAAAUGGACGAGGAGCGAAGAUUGGAGAAUUUAGAAACUGGAACUUUCCCUCCCGACAUUCCUCUUCAACCGCCUGUUACUGAAAGCUGUCAACAAGAAGAGAUAGCGGAACAAACUUCUGAAACAAAAGUUUAAAAUCUCUAAGAACUUUCUCGAUACAGUCAAUUCGCAAAAAUAUCACUGUGCGCCAGUAUAUUUGUACGAUAUGAUUGACUUUCACUGCCGAGAGAUCGUGCUCCUUCUUCGUAAUUUAAGUUUUAUCAAUAAUUUCGAAAAAUUACUUGUGUGUACCUAUUAAUAAAUAAAUAUAAUAAUAUGUAAAAUAUACAGUAACAUAAUAAUAAGUAAAAUAUGUAAUUACAUAUCAAGAUGUGCUAUAGAUGUACACAAAUUUUUAUUUAUAAUAGUAUAUAUAAAUAUACAACUCUCUCUGUUUGUAGCGCGUUAAUGAGGAUGGAUUAAAGAGUUACAUUUUUUGAAAUAGAGAAUAUGAGCAUAUUCAGUACAAAGUAUAAUGAAAGUUUAUAUAUCAAUUUAUUUUUUGUCUUAUAUAUAUUUACAUAUAAGAGAAAGUGUUUUACUGUAUGUACUCUUUUAAUUCUCAAAAACUAAUAACACAAGAAUACCAAAAAGAUGUACAGUAAAAUGUAGGAUAUGUAGAGAGAAAGCGUGUAAGGUAUUGUAUCCGAUAGAAAAUAUUUAUAUAUAUAUUGAAGAAAUAUAUAUUUAUGAAUAAUUUAAGAUUCUCUUGUAACAUUCUUUUUGUGUGAUUAAAAACAAUAGCAAUUUACUAUUUACACAAAUGUGUGUUCACAUGUUGCACAUACAAAUAUAUAACUUACCGAGAACUCUGACUAUAUAUAAAUGUAUAAUAAAAUAAAAAAAUGAUACACAUUCUCCCAAUCAAG